UACAGUCAAGCUGCUUAAUCAAUAGAAGACCAGCAUAAUGUAUCUUAAAAUCCUAAGUAUAAGGUCAUUGAGGAGCACACUCAAAUUUCAAAUUCGAAAACGGUUUCAUUCACAUCAUUCAUAUAUCAUUCCGUCACCACUUCCAAACAUUGACAUUCCCAACGCAACAGUACCGGAUAUUAUUUUUGAAAGAUGUGGAAGAUUUCCAGAGAAAAUUGCAGUGGAGUGUCAUGUGACGGGCAGAAGGUAUACUUUCGAAGAAAUUAGAAGAAAGGCGUUAAACUUGAGCCAAGCGAUUAUCAAAAAGUUUAAACUGCGCAAAGGUGACGUAGUUGCAGUAUUUCUUCCCAAUGUUCCCGAGUUUGCGAUAUGCGCUUUAGGCCUUUUAAAGGCAAAUUUAGUUAUAACUACCAUCAGUCCUUUGGCAACGUCAGAUGAAUUACGUAGGCAGCUUAACGACUCCGGAUCCAAAGUGAUUAUUACCACAUGCUCCCUAUACAAUACAGCGAAAAUGUCAAUUCCCGUACCGAAUAUGCCAAUUUUAACAAUCAAGACAGAGAAAACCGAUGCAACACCAGAAACAGCGAUUAACUUUCAAGAGUUGGUUGACUCUCCGGCCAAUUUGGAUGUGAACGUGUAUUUGGAGAGCAGCGAUAUUGCAUUAAUGCCCUUUUCUAGUGGAACAACCGGAUUGCCUAAGGGAAUAUUAUACUCUCACCGAAAUUUGACUGCCAAUGUUUUACAGGCGAAUGCCAUCGAUGAAAUACGAGUUUUGGAAACAACAACCGGAAAUCACCAAGAUGUCGUGCCAGCAAUUCUGCCUUUCACUCACAUGUACGGUUUUGGUGGAUUACUAAUGGGUGGUUUAUACAAUCUGUCGAAGCUUGUGACCGUUCCAAAGUUUAGUCCCGAUAUAUUCGUAAACCUGUUUGAAAAACAUCAACUUACGGCGCUGUAUACCGUGCCGGCGACAGUACAAUUCAUCAUCAAUAGCAACAGAGUGGAUCCAAAACUGUUACAAUCACUGCGAGUGGUUACUAUAGGCUCUGCUCCCCUUUCAGCUUUGGCACAGGAACGUUUUAUUAAAAUGUCGGGGAAAAAAAUUUACGUAAUGCAAGGAUAUGGUUCGAGUGAAUGCGGUAUACUCACAACAACCCGUAGAAUUAAUUCUAGUUUGGGUUCGAUUGGUAUCCCCGUACCUAACACCGAAAUGAAAGUGGUAGGAGUGGAUAACCAAGCUCCUUUGAGUGAAAUGGAAAAAGGUGAACUAUGGGUCAAGGGACCACAAGUAAUGAAGGGAUACCAUAACAAGCCUGAGGAGACGGCCAAAACCAUUACGGAUGGGUGGUUCAAAACAGGUGAUAUGGUCCGCUACGAUCACAAUAAGAAUUUCUACCUGAUUGACCGUAUUAAAAACAUGAUAAAAGUAAAAGGAUAUGUUGUGGCACCUGCAGAGCUGCAGAAUAUUAUUCGAAGUUACCCUAAUAUUUUGGAAGUAAUAGUGAUCGGAAUCCCACAUGAUAGUUAUGGCGAAGUUCCUAGAGCGUACGUUACUACAAAACCAGGAACUGUAGUCGAUACUGACAAACUGAAAGAAUUCGUAUCAAAGAAAGUAUCAAGUUACAAAGAUCUUAAAGGCGGAGUGUUGGUUAUGAAAGAGCUACCUCGAAACAAUGUAGGGAAGUAUGACCAUCAAAAGUUGAAGUUACAGUACAUGGAAGAAGUUGGGAAUUCUCAUUCUUCAUAUUCCUAAGUUUUGUAGGUAAAUUUAGAGCGUAGUUACCUACUUAGUAAAAAUUAAAAUUUCUUUGUUUAUUUUA